AUGGCUCCUCCGCUCCCAGCCGGACGGUUCUCGCCUCGUUUCGACCAACCUCCCGAGCUCGCUGUUCUCGUUUUCGUUCCAUCCCCGGACGGGAGGACACUGGGACGGUUGACUUCUUAUCGCUCGCUACCCAACCCAGCAAAGGGGGAAAACCAAACAAACAACUUAUGUUUCAGUCUCCCUGUACCAGGGAAACCAGUACACCUGACAACCGCUACCCGACCUUUGCUCUCCGCACCUUGCGAUCCCCAGCAGGCCUGUGCCCAGCCCUUGCCAGCCUUCCCGGCGCCCGAGUGCCCCUCUGACGUGGAGCCGGACACCAGGGAGAUGGUGCGGGUGCAGAAUAGAAAGAAGAAAAAGUCUGGAGGCUUCCAAUCUAUGGGCUUGAGUUAUCCCGUGUUUAAAGGGGUUAUGAAGAAAGGCUACAAAGUGCCAACACCAAUCCAGCGAAAGGCCAUCCCUGUGAUCCUGGAUGGGAAAGACGUGGUGGCCAUGGCAAGGACAGGCAGUGGGAAAACAGCUUGUUUCCUCAUCCCCAUGUUUGAGAAGCUGAAGGUGCACAGUGCCCAGACAGGGGCACGAGCCCUCGUCCUGUCGCCAACCCGUGAGCUCGCCUUGCAGACGAUGAAAUUCACAAAGGAGCUGAGCAGGUUCACAGGCCUGAAGACUGCGUUGAUUCUGGGAGGAGACAGGAUGGAAGACCAGUUUGCAGCUCUGCACGAGAACCCUGAUAUAGUCAUUGGCACCCCCGGGCGCCUGAUGCACGUGAUGGUGGAAAUGAACCUGAAGCUGCACAGCGUGGAAUACGUGGUGUUUGAUGAAGCUGACAGGCUCUUUGAGAUGGGGUUUGCAGAGCAGCUGCAGGAGAUCAUCGCCCGGCUCCCCGAGGGCCGCCAGACCCUGCUUUUCUCUGCCACGCUCCCCAAGCUGCUUGUGGAGUUUGCUCGGGCUGGUCUCACGGAGCCAGUCUUGAUCCGGUUGGACGUGGACACAAAGCUCAGUGAACAGCUCAAGACGGCCUUCUUCCACGUGCGUCCGGAUGACAAGCCGGCCGUGCUGCUGCACCUGCUGAGGAACGUAGUGAGGCCUCAGGACCAGACGCUUGUCUUCGUGGCCACCAAGCACCACGUGGAGUACCUCAAGGAGUUGCUGACAGCUCAGGGCGUGAGCUGUGCCCAUGUCUACAGCUCCCUGGACCAGGCAGCCCGGAAAAUCAACAUCGCCAAGUUUGUGCAGGGCCAGUGCGCGGUGCUGAUCGUCACUGACGUGGCUGCCCGCGGCAUCGACAUCCCCAUGCUGGACAAUGUCAUCAACUAUAGCUUUCCUGCCAAGGCCAAGCUGUUCCUGCACCGCGUCGGCCGCGUGGCCCGCGCCGGCCGCAGUGGGACAGCCUACUCCCUGGUGGCACCGGAUGAGACCGCCUAUGUCUUUGACUUGCACCUGUUCCUGGGGCGCCCGCUCACCCUUGCCAGCCCCCACGAGAAACCCUCAGACAGGGACGGGGUGCUUGGCAGAGUCCCCCAGAGCGUGGUCGAUGACGAGGAGUGUCUGCUACUCGCUGAGCGCGAGCGCUCGCUGGACCUGCAGAGCCUGCACCGGGUGUCGGAAAACGCGCACAAGCAGUACCUCAACUCCCGGCCUGGCCCCUCGCCGGCGUCCGUCAAGAGGGUGAAGGAGCUGGACUUCUCCCUGCUGGGCAUCCAUCCACUUCUCAGUGAGUGCCUGACCAUCUUUGAGAUCAACGCCACCAGCAAGACCCUGGCCAGCAACGUGAUGCGCGCCAAGCGGAGCCGCGACCGCAGCCUUGUCACCAAGUACCGGAGGGAGCAGCAAGAGAGGCGGGCUGGGGCUGCGCUGCGAGGCCGGGACCCAGCAGCUCCCGCCCCUGCAGAGGAGGAAGGAGACCUCUGGGAAGCGGAAGCGGCAAUCCCAUACCAGCCCAAGGACUUGGAGAGCGAGCGGGGGCUGAGCGUUGGUGGAGAGAGCAGCGCCUUCGAGCAGCAGGCUUCUGGCGCCAUGCUCGACCUGCUGGGGGACGAGACCCACAGCAUGAACAAGAGCACACAGCUGCUCCGCUGGGACCGCAAGAAGAAGCGGUUUGUGAGCAAAACUGGCCAAGAGGAGAAGAAGAAAAUCUGCACCGAGAGUGGCAGGCGCAUCAGUGGCUCUUACAAGAAAAACCUCUACGAGAACUGGAAGAAGAAAUACAAAGUGGAGGAGCGGGACUCUGAGGAAGAGGUGGCGAGUGAGCCAAGAGGUGGGAUGCACCGCAGGAGCAGAGGAGGCCAGCGGCUGCCCCGCACCCCAGAAAAGCAUGGCCCCCAGCAGGGAAAGGGGCGGUCCGAGCUGAAGAGCAAGCAGCAGAUCCUGAAGCAGAGGAAGAGGGUGGUCAAGCAGAACUUUCUGCAGAAGGGCGGCCUGAGGCAGCUGAAAGCCAAGAACCGGCAGCGGGUGCAGGACCUACGCAGGGCAGCGUUCGGCCGUGGCACUGCCAAGAAGGGGAAAAUGAGGAAGAGGAUGUAAAAGCUGGAGUGUGGGAGGGCCGCAGGCCCGACCUGAGCAAGGGGCUGAUGGUGAGCCACUGCCCUCUCAGACUCACUCAUCUGGGCAGGGGACAUUAAAUGAUGCUCUGGUUGUUUUUCA